CUGGAAGCAGCUGAACAGGAUGAAGGAGGGAACCGGAUGAGCAGAUCUUUUAAGGAAGAAGACAGAUUCUGUUCUGUCAGGUUCCUCUGAGUGUGUGUAAGAGCGAGUCAGAGAAGAGAGAGAGAGAGAGGAAAAGGCAGAGGGAGAGAGGGGGAGAGGGGAUCUGUUGCAGGCAGGGGAAGGCGUGACCUGAAUGGAGAAUGCCAGCCAAUUCCAGAGACACACAGGGACCUCAGAACAAAGAUAAGGCAUCGCUGACACCACACCGGGACGAGCUCGCAGACAAGUCAGGCCAGGGGGGACCAGGCAGCCAGGAGCACCCAAAGCAGGAAAAUGAGGUGGCUCCUUCUGUCUCAUGCUCUGUGCUUCUCCUUGUUGAAGGCUUCAGCCCACAUAGUGGAGCUUAGCAAUAUGUUUGGCCAGAUCCAGUCGCCUGGAUAUCCAGACUCCUAUCCAAGUGAUUCAGAGGUGACGUGGAAUAUCACUGUCCCAGAGGGAUUUCGGAUCAAGCUUUACUUCAUGCACUUCAACUUGGAAUCCUCUUACCUAUGUGAAUACGACUAUGUGAAGGUAGAAACUGAAGACCAGGUGCUGGCAACCUUCUGUGGCAGGGAGGCAACGGACACAGAACAGACCCCUGGCCAGGAAGUGGUCCUCUCCCCUGGCUCCUUCAUGUCUAUCACUUUCCGGUCAGAUUUCUCCAAUGAGGAGAGAUUCACAGGUUUUGAUGCCCACUACAUGGCUUUGGAUGUGGACGAGUGCACGGAGCGGGAGGACGAGGAGCUGUCCUGUGACCACUACUGCCAUAACUACAUCGGUGGCUACUACUGCUCCUGCCGCUUUGGCUACAUCCUCCACACAGACAACAGGACGUGCCGAGUGGAGUGCAGUGACAACCUCUUCACCCAGAGGACCGGUGUGAUCACCAGCCCUGACUUCCCCAGCCCUUACCCGAAGAGCUCUGAAUGCCUCUACACCAUCGAGCUGGAGGAGGGUUUCAUGAUCAGCCUGCAGUUUGAGGACAUUUUCGACAUCGAGGACCAUCCUGAGGUGUCCUGCCCCUAUGACUACAUCAAGAUUAAAGCCGGUCCAAAAGUUCUGGGGCCCUUCUGUGGAGAGAAAGCCCCAGAACCCAUCAACACCCAGAGCCACAGCGUCCAGAUCCUGUUCCGCAGUGACAACUCGGGCGAGAACCGGGGCUGGCGGCUGUCAUACAGCACGAUAGGGAAUGAGUGCUCCAAGCUGCAGCCUCCUGUCCAUGGGAAAAUCGAGCCCUUGCAAGCCAAGUACUUCUUCAAAGACCAGGUGCUCAUCAGCUGUGACACAGGCUACAAAGUGCUGAAGGAUAACGUGGAGAUGGACACGCUCCAGAUUGAGUGUCUGAAGGAUGGGACAUGGAGUAACAAGAUUCCCACCUGUAAAAUUGCGGACUGCGGAGCCCCAGCAGAGCUGGAAAACGGGCUGCUCACCUUUUCCACCAGGAACAACCUUACCACAUACAAAUCUGAGAUCAGAUACUCCUGCCGGCAGCCCUACUACAAGAUGCUACACAGUAUCACAGGUGUAUAUACCUGUUCUGCCCAAGGAGUCUGGAUGAAUGAAGUCCUGGGGAGAAGCCAGCCCACCUGCCUGCCAGUGUGUGGGAUCCCCAGAUUCUCCCGGAAUCUGAUUGCCAGGAUCAUCAGUGGACACCAGGCCCAGAAGGGCACCACCCCUUGGAUUGCCAUGCUGUCACACCUGAAUGGGCAGCCCUUCUGCGGGGGCUCCCUUUUAGGCUCCAAAUGGAUAGUGACCGCGGCUCACUGCCUCCACGAAUUGCUGGAUGCAGAGGACGCAACCUUUCGUGACUUGCACUUGCUCAGCCCCUCUGCCUUCAAAAUCAUCAUGGGCAAGCAUUGGAGGCACCAGUCAGAUGAGAACGAACAGAGUCUUGGCAUCAAACAAAUCUUCCUCCAUCCCCUGUAUAACCCCAACACGUUUGAGAAUGAUGUGGCUCUGGUGGAGCUGGCAAAGAGCCCAGUGCUGAAUGACUUCGUGAUGCCCAUCUGUCUGCCCCAGCAGCCACUGCAGGAAGGGACCCUGGUCAUCGUCAGCGGCUGGGGGAAGCAGUUCUUGCAAAGUUUCCCAAAGACCCUGAUGGAGCUUAUUAAAGGCUCAAUUUAUAGAAAUUCUCCCAGAAAACAGCAGGCUUGGACACCCCAAAAGAUCGAAAUCCCAAUCGUUGAUCACCGCAUCUGCCAGGAGGCCUAUGCCCCGCUGAGGAAGACAGUGACCAGAGACAUGAUCUGUGCUGGGGAGACAGAAGGUGGGAAGGAUGCCUGUGCGGGUGAUUCUGGAGGGCCAAUGGUGACCCUGGAUGGAGAGAGAGGCCAGUGGCACCUGGUGGGCACGGUGUCCUGGGGUGUGGACUGCGGAAAGAAGGACCGCUACGGAGUGUAUUCCUACAUCUUCCACAACAAGGACUGGAUCCAGAGGGUCACUGGGAUGAGGAAUUGACUGCAGCUCCACACCCUCCUCCUCACCUGUCUAUGGUCAAUCAUGCUCUGAUGAUUACCUGAUGCAAGACGCCCCGCGCCCUACGUGCGCCUCAUUCAGCCCAUCUAUUACCGGCCAAUAAAGGAGCCCCCUCCUCACUCUCUUUAAAGAAGCAGAAUGGCAGGGUGGUCAGAAUCUAGGUUGUACCACUUACGAGCUUUGCAAUGCUGAGCCGGUGACUUCACCUCUUUGAGCCUGUUUCCUCAUUCCAUGUUAUAGAAAUGGCAUACCUUACCUACCUCAUAAAAGUCUGAUGGGGGUCAAAUUUAGUUAAUAUAUACAUAGCACUUAGCACAGGGCAGGCAUAAACUAAGUGCUCAAUACAUGUGACUGAGCAGAAGGCCAGUGUGUCUACCGGGCACAUUACGUUCUCUUACAAAUCCUGGCUGGGCCUUAGGGCUGAUCGGUGUGCACCCUUCCCCUCAACCUCAAGCAUCUCCUUUGCCUGCCCCCGAAUGCUCUAUGCUUCUUUACUACCAUGUAUUUCCCAACCCCAAUCCCCACCCCCUCCCCGUAAAAAGGUAAAAGAGACAAGGCUCCUAGUCUAUGGCGUGUCCCAUAGUGAUGUACUUGUGACCAUGAGCUGGCUACCAAACGUUGAGAGUGCCUGAGAGAAGCAGGGAUGGGAGAGAAGCAGGGAUGGGAGAGAAGCAGGGCACAGGGAGACUGGGAAUGGUGAAUUGGGAAGUCAGAUACCAAGUUCUAGAACCAGCUCUGCCCCCAGCUCCCUGUGAUUCUAUGCAAGUCCCUUCCUCUCAUCACAAAGAACCCUCCCAGCUCUGACAGUCUAGGAGCCAAUGAAGCCAUUUCUCCUUGAUGAAAUGAGUUAAAGUUAAAAUAACCAAAAGGCAAAGUUUGCCUUAGGUUCAAUAGAGCUUUGAUGCAGACCAAACACAGCUGCUACUGCAACACCCACCCCUGUGCCCCACACCCUGGUUCCCAGCGACAACAUAGCCCAGGCAAAGCGCUAGCCAAGGGGCCUUUCCUCACUCCUCUGCAGAGCCUCUGCUCUAGGCUCCGCCUCCUUUUCUUCCUGGGAACCUGAGCUGCAGGAGACAGGCCCUGGGAGGCUAGACUCAGGCCCCUGCACUCUCCCUCCCUGUGUCCACAGCUGAUCCCAAGCUGCCAUUCCCUUGUUCCUCACCCUGAAGACCCCAGCCCUGCAGGGUCAUAAGUGCUUCUCAAGCAGAAUGCCUCACCUCUCCAAGAGCUAUCCCCUCUCAGGAAGCUUGCAGGGACCUCCUCCCCUCCAGAGCUCUGAGAUUUAAGCCCUUCAAGGGAUCAGAAGCCCCAAGUCCCUGACAUCUGUUGUAUCAAAGUUGGUCUUCAUGGGAGAUUUCAGUUCUUGACCUGCACGGCAGUUGCUGAAAUCAUUCAGGGUCUCUUGCCAAAAGAAGAAGAUACUGAGCAAUGAGGACUUAUGGACACUAAGCCUUAGGCUGACCACUCGGGGGCAGCAAUCCACAGCCUGCUUUUGAUUCUUUGAGCAAGCCAUUCUACCGUUUUGUGCCCUGCUAUUUAUUCUGUAAACGGGAGAUGGAAAUCAUACUCAAUCCCACCAGACGUGUGUCAAGCAAACUGGAGCUCUAUUUCAGACACCGAGGAAGACUGCAGUGCAGAGUUUGGGAACUACUGUAAGGCAUUCCAAAUACCGUGUCUCCCCAUUUCAUAGCACUGCCUGGGUGUCUGCAUGUGCUAGGCUGUGCUGACUGCUAUGCAGACCACCGAGAUGAGGGGAACAUGAUUCAUAGCUUCCAGGAGCUCCUACAGGAAGAACUGAGACAUACACAAGUGCCUACCAUAAACAGAAUGAAGCCCACCAAGUGCUAGGUGUCAGAACAGCACAGAGGCGAAAGAAAGGCCAUUCUGGUAUGGAGACAUUGGAGAAGGGGACUUCAGGAAGGCAUCCCAGAGGAGAUGGUGUUGGAGCUGAGCCUUGAAGAGGGUGGGCAUUUCCACAGGUAAGACAGAGGGAGGCCUUCCAGGUAGAAAGACAGCAAGAGGACAGGUCCACUCAGGCUUUCCUGAGAUUACACUAGCUUCUCUCACAAAAGUGACGUGUCCAGCAGACCAGUGCUCUGACUCCAGGAUCAGAGCUAACAUCUAGAACAUUUCUCCUUAAAAUCAGACAACUCUGGGACUUGAAGCAGCCUCAGAAUUAGCAUACAAAUUAGACAACUCUGCCUGGACCCAGUUUAUCCUGUUUAUUCCCCCAAUGCAAUUUCAUCCUUAUUCUAAGGGAUCUAGAUGUGCUGCUGGGCUUCAGCUCACCCUUGAUUUACAAGAAUUUACUAGAUAUACCAGCCCCUGCACUGCUGCUAGCAUCCAAGAAACCAGAAUUUCAUAGAAGCAGAGGGUUGGAGUGUCUGUUAGGACCAUACUGUCUAACUCUAUGACCUUGUUCCUGAACAUAUCUAAAGAUGGAAAAUUCACUACCUCCAAAUAUAGCCAAUUGCAACUUCAAAAUGUGCUGUCUCUUAGAAAGGUCUCUCUUCUAUGCAACAGAAAUCCACCUCCCAGAAUAUAGCUAGUAUAUCUAAAGCUAUGAAUCAGUACCAUGAGUGUUGUUUUAGCAAUAAUGGUCACGCCCAGUUUCAUCAGAAGCAGAAAAGAUGUUGCUGUACAACAUGUGUAGCUAUAACUGCACAUUUGUUCCAGUAAACAUCUGUAUUGAGUCAAAGCAUCCUGUUUGGCUGGUAUGUUUUUCACGUACUCAUGGUUCUGGUGAGUUGUGUUUUCAUUUAUCAACAUUUCUCUGUAUCGGAUUAGGAUCCCUGUACCAUGAAGAGAGAAAGAGACAUUAUGGGAAGAUCAAAUUAUCGAUACGAAAGCACUUCUUAGGCUUCUCAGGUCAGUUCUGAUUAAAUACAGUGUGCUAUUGCUCCUAUAAGUUAUCAAAAUAUCCCAGUAUGCCAAUCUUUCAAUAGCACCAAAGGGUGCAGUGUAGAUGUGGUCCAGGCCGAGGUCUCAGAUGAUGCUUAACUAUUUUGAAAGUGAGGACUCUCAUUUCCCCUGGAGAUGUUUAUCCUGUGACAUUGUUCUAUCUUGCCCAUCUCCCAGGACCAUUCGGCUUAUUUAAUCCAUGCCCACUAAAUCCUCACAUGUGGCCCAGACCUGCCAACAGGAUCCCAGACAAUAGAAUCCUUCCUUUUGAUGAGGAAAUUGAAACUUCCAUACUUGUAAUUGCUUACUCUCCUCUAUCUUGCAAAGGCCUGCUCGCCACUCUCAGUUAAACAGUAAAAUGAAUGACUAAGAGUGAUCAGAUAAGGGAAGAAUGUCUCGCUCUCAGGCACCCACCCCCAAGCCUUUGUUUGAGACCCUUUGCACAUAGACUUGUUAAGUGACCGUUAACUUCAACCUGCAACCAGUAUGAGAAUGCCAGUUGUGACCUUAGUCCUGAUAGGAAUGGAAUGUCCGGCUCCUACAAGUUCCUGUUAGGACCCCCUGCUAUGUGUGUAACCCAUGGCAACUCGGUGCUCUGUAACUGCCCGUGACCUAUAGUAAUUUGUAGCCAAUCAGUUUGUACCAAUUAUAGCUGUAUGUUUUAACCUAUAUAAGGAGAAGACUCCCCUGAAAAGGGGCCCCAGAAUUUUGGAGCGUUAGCUCAUCUGGGUCCGCCGGCUCAA